AUGCCAUUACACUACUUUGAAACUACAUCACCUGGUGAUUGGCGAAUAAAGGACAUCUUUGAAGCUAUUCAGAAAAAGUAUCCAGAUAAAGAACAAUCCUACCACGGGCUUGCGACGAAAAAAGAGCUAGAAAACUUGAAAACUCAUCCAAAACAGUCUUUUCGAGAACGCGCACAGAGUUUGUUGGAAGAUUUCAAGAUACCCCCAUCAGAUCAAGAAAGCAUCACAUCAUCUAUCCAGUUAGCGAAUACAAUUUUGAACAAAGCCCAGAUUAUAAAUCAAGCUACACACCAAACCAUUCAGCAAAACGUAUCAGAAAACUCAGUUCAUCCAAGAAAGUGUUUGCGCAGCGAGCUUCAAAAUGUACCCAUAUCCAGUAAUGAUUGCGAAGAUGAUGAUCUUGAUGACCUCUUUCCUUCUGCUACUGAUCAAGACAACAAGGACGACGACUCCAUUGCUGAGGCAAACGUUGAUUUCGAUAGUUUACCCACGAUGGUGAAUCCAAAGUUGAACCAAGCAGUUCGCAGCAAGCUUCAAACUAAUGCCAAGUAUGCUGUCGGUGAUACUGAAUACCAAAGUCUGUUCGCGCAAUAUAAGAAGAAAUGCCUCAACGAUCUUUCACAACUGGACGCCAUUUAUCUCGAGCCAAAUUUCCACAAGCUUAUGUAA